AUCAUAUUACAUGGUAAAUAAAAGAUGGAUCAAAAUCAGUUUCAUCACUUCUGCAAAAUCAGAUGGAGACGCCAGAGCAACCAAAUAUGGAGUUGGAAAACACUUCCAGUACUGAGGAAACCAAUGAAACCUGCAACACCACAUCAACACCUAAGCUGUUGCCAGGAAAAAAUAAACAGUACAGGACUCCAGAUGAAGCAUUUAAUGCUGUUAGGUCUAAUGAGAGGAGGAUUAAAUCCAUGGCUAUCAAGCAGAUAGUUAAAAACAUAAAAAAAUUAGCUGAUCUGCAAACAAUAGAUCUCUCCCUUAUAUUUUGUGUAAGGGAUGAGGUGCAGAAGAGGCAACUCAUAAAAUAUUGUGGCCAUGGAGAAUUUCUCCAAAGACUUAAAAAUGUUGAGCCUGUGCUGAAACAGGAGGAAUUCGUCAAAUCAACAAGUUAUGAGGAAUUCCUUCCAAAAGUACAGGCUCAAGCUGUAAAGUAUGCGACACCAUCCAAAUUGUCAUGUGGGCCUGGUGUGUCAAAAAACUUGGCACACCAACAGAAACAACAACUGGAAGAAACUGAAGUCAUUCCAGUUGAACACGAAAAGUCAAUUACAUUAGAAAUAAAUUCUCCUAAACAAAAGCAAAAGAAAAAGAAAAGCCAACCUGCAAAAAGAAAACUGAUAAAUGAAUCCGAAGAGAGGGAUGACAGUGAGGAGGAGGAUGAAAUUGGGGAACCAAUUAGACUAAUUAAUAAGACCAAUGAACCUGAGCUUAUAGAACACAUAGAGCCUUCCAUGUCUAAGCAGAAAAGAAAGAAAGGCAAAACACAUCAGAAAAUACAGGCUGCAAAACCCAAAUUGAUCUAUGAUUCAAAAGAAACAAAUGAAACAGAGAAGGAUGUCACUGAGGAAGUGAAUACUGAUGUUAUUGAACCUGUGCUGUCUGAACCUAUAGAGCAGAUAGCCAUUAACAAUCAAGACCAGCAAGGUAUUUUUCUGUUUUACUUAAUGAAAACUCAAAUCUUCAGGAUGGUAAAAUCAUUUGGAGUGUAUUAACUUGAUAGGCAUGAUAGGAUAAGACCCAAAAAUAUGUAUUUG